AGAUCUUCCCAUCUGAUUGGCUGCGGGGAGCUUGAACACUGGAAACCAAAAAAAGACAAAAUCAUUGGACACUGCCAUCGAGGCCUUCUAUUUUAAUCUCUUAAACUCAUCUUUGAUAAUCAAAAUGACACAUUAUAUUUUUUUCCCCUUGUAAAUCAUUUCUUUGUCUUAAAAGUGGCUUGAAUGUAACUCUACACUCUUACCUCAUUGAGUAUGUGCUGAAUCAUUCAUAUGUUUUAGUCCCCGCCUCCACUCAAUCGCACCAGCUUGGACCUGCUCCAUUUUCACUCAUUAUAAAGCACGCAAAGUGUAAAGUGCAAAAACGUGUAAACCUUUGAGCAGAUAUUAAAAGUCACGCCCUGUAAGUUGACAGGAUUGGUGACAGAGUCUUUGUUACACCGCAGUUUUAAUGAGAACAUCCUCAAUGGUGUCGAGUGAUGAAUUAUUUAAACAUAUUAAAACACCAGACAGACAUGCAAACAGGGUUAAAAACUUGACUUUCACCAUGAGGUCUUUAGACAUUUUAUUUGUGCUCUGUACUGUGGUUGGUGCUGUACAUUUUCUUCUGUUUUUACCGGUCUGUCAAACAGGGCAUUUUCUGGGUUUGUUUUCUCAUGAUAUGUACUGUACAUUUUAACAAUGCACUCAUAUUUAAAAUAAUUAGUUGAAUGUGCUUUUUAUAUGUGUUUGAAGUUUUAAAGGUUCCCAAACCAUGCAAAUUUUAUUUAAUUCCCAGUAUCAUACAAUUAUGUUGUGGAUUAUAUAAAAAAAAAAAAGUCAUGAAGAAAAGUGAGAUUUGCAAACAGAAGCUCAAUAUUUUUUUUUUUUAUGUGAGAGUUCCACACAUUUGUCUUGUUUUUUGUAAUGAAUUUUCUCAUUGAAUCAAUCACACUUAUAAUCAUUGUAAAGCAGUCAUUUCUCUUGCUUCUGUUUGGGUGUAAUAACAUCUGUUAAAAGUAACAGCUAUUCAAUAAACCCUGCAGUUUUUUCAACCAUCAUUUCACUUCCUGUAUUCUGCUCUUACACAACUUCCUAUGUCUGCCUUGUGGCUCAUAGAAGACAGGUUACGACUAAAUGCAAUGUUAACUGGUUUUGGAUAUCAAACUUGGAUCUGGUAAAGAGGCUGGAUCAGAAACUUUAACCAUCAACUAAAACGUCUGAACUCUGAAAGCGAAAACAAGGAAACACCUGACUGCAGUCCAGAAACACCAGAGAGAAGAUGGACGGGUCAGUAGGGCCGAUGCGAGUGUUGGUGACGGGCGGAAGUGGGCUGGUGGGGCGAGCGAUAGAACGGGUGGUAAAAGAAGGUGAAAAGAGAGAAGGAGAAAAAUGGAUAUUCCUGUCGUCCAAAGAGGCCAAUCUCGUGAGCGCUGAAGAGACGAGAGCAGCCUUCGAGAAACAUCGUCCGACGCACGUCAUUCAUUUGGCCGCGAUGGUGGGCGGACUUUAUAGAAACAUGAGACAGAACCUGGACUUCUGGAGGAAUAAUGUGCACAUCAAUGACAACGUGCUGAACAUGUCUCAUGAGUUCGGCGUGGUGAAGGUCGUUUCCUGUCUGUCUACAUGUGUUUUUCCAGAUAAAACCACCUACCCUAUUGAUGAGACCAUGAUGCACAACGGUGCCCCCCAUGACUCUAAUUACGGUUACGCCUACGCCAAACGCAUGAUUGACGUCCACAACAGGGCGUUAUUUCAGCAGUACGGUCGGAAAUACACAGCCGUUAUCCCCACCAACAUGUUCGGACCCCAUGAUAACUACAACAUUGAGGACGGUCACGUGAUGCCGGGGCUGAUCCACAAGACGUACCUGGCAAAGAAGGAAGGUAAACCUCUGCAGGUCUGGGGUUCGGGUCGUGCUCUGCGUCAGUUCAUCUAUUCUCUGGAUCUGGCUCGUCUGUUUGUGUGGGUUCUGAGGGAGUACGACGAGGUGGAGCCCAUCAUUCUCUCAGUCGGGGAGGAGGAUGAGUUGACUGUAAAGGAUGCUGUGGACGCUGUGGUUGAAGGAUUCGGGUUCAAAGGGGAAGUUAUUUAUGACACUAGUAAAUCAGACGGUCAGAUCAAGAAAACCGCCAGUAUCGCAAAACUACGCAAAUACCUGCCAGACUUCAAGUUCACGCCGUUUAAACAAGCCGUCAAGGAGACGUGUGAUUGGUUUGCGGCCAAUUAUGACUCCGCCCGUAAAUGAAGAUCUUCACAUCUGAUUGGCUGCGGCGAGCCUGAACAACCGAAGUCACACUGAUCGAACACUUUCAACAACAAUUUGAUUUAUAUAUAUAUAUAUAAUUUUUUAUCAUAUAAUAUUUUUUAACUAAAAUAUUUAAAUACUUUUUUAAAAGUCACAAUCUGUUGUUUUAAGCUCUCUUUUCCUGUUCAUUUCAAGUUUUACUAAAACAUGUAUUUUAUCUGG